AUGUGUCUCAUGUGUGUAGAUAUUUAUACAAUAAGUAGGUGAUUUGCGAUUAUAUCAUGCGUUACUUGUAAAUAAUUAUUAAUUACUAAUUCAAGAAUCGUUAAGUUAAAUGUUAAAUGCAUUUAUUAGUGUACGUGCGAAAUAAGUUUCAAAGCUGACAGACACGUAACGUUGUUGGAAUGUUAACUGAUUAAGGAUUAUAUUAGUUAUAAAAUGACACUAAAUAUUGAUAUCAAGCUGAAGCGGGCCAGUAAAAUAUACCACGAGGGGGAAAUAGUUGCUGGCUUUAUAUUAAUACAAACUAAUUCCGAUGUUAAACACGAUGGAAUAUUUCUAAGUAUGGAGGGUUCAGUUAAUCUGCAGCUAAGCUCAAAGAAUUUUGGUAUCUUCGAAGCCUUUUACAAUUCCGUCAAGCCAAUACAAUUAGUUCAGUAUACCUUGGAUGUUGCUCCAAGUGGCAAGAUACCAAGUGGCAGAACAGAGAUACCAUUUGAAUUACCAUUGAAACCAAGGGGGACUAAAUCUUUGUAUGAAACCUAUCACGGUGUCUUUGUAAACAUUCAAUAUCUUAUACGUUGCGAUAUUAAACGAAGCUUCUUGGCAAAGGAUGUGAGCAAAUCAUUGGAAUUCAUAGUGGAGGAUAAGAUACCUCCCAAGGCACAGAAGGAACCUAGUAAACCAGUAUGUUUUAAGAUUAUGCCAGAAUCUUUGCAGAACACAAGAGAUAGGACUAAUGUGCCCAGAUUUCAUAUUUCUGGGAAAUUAGAUUCGUUGUAUUGCAAAAUUUCUGAACCAUUAACAGGAGAGGUGGUAAUUGAACAUUGCAAUGCUGGGAUAAGCUCGAUUGAACUGCAGUUGGUGAGAGUAGAAACGUGUGGUUGUGCCGAAGGCUACUCUAGGGAUGCUACAGAGAUACAAAAUAUACAAAUUGGAGAGGGAGACGUUUGUAAACAAUUUCCUAUACCGAUAUAUAUGAUAUUUCCUAGACUAUUUACAUGUCCUACAUUGAGUACCAGUAAUUUCAAAGUGGAAUUCGAAGUGAAUUUAAUCGUAAUAUUCCAAGAUGAUUAUUUGGUCACGGAAAAUUUUCCCAUAAUAUUGUCAAGACAUUAAGUUCUCUAUGGAAUUAAAUGGGAUUUCAUGUGGCAGUAGAUCGAAUUUCGCAUAAAUCAUGGGUAUUAUUUACAAAUUGUAUAUAUCUCUUAUGAUAUUUUGUUAAACAUCAUUGCAAAAAAAAAUAUAUAAAGCAAUUUCUUUUCCUCUUAAUAUA